AUGACGGCUACCCAUGACAGAAUGGAGAGGAAUGAGAAGAAAACUGAUUCCAUAGAAGCUUCAGUAAAGCGAUUGAAAAUUCAAAUUGGGCAAAUUGCUGAAGCGGUACAAGAAAAUAAGAAAAGAAAAUUGCCAAGUCAACCUGAGCAAGCUAAAGCAACCACUGUUCUUAAGGAUGGUGAGUUAUUUGAUAAUAAUGUUAAAAAUCUAAUUGAAAAAGAUUCUUCUUACGCAGGUACAUCAAAAGAAGGUGGACUAGUUGAUGUAGAGAUAACUGAAGGAGGUUUACAAAAAGAAGGAAGAAUAGAGCCCAAUCUUAGGCAGAAAGAGAAAGACAAUGAGGCAUUUUCAGGCCCUGAAUUUCAUAAGGCAGCUGAGCCUUAUAAGCCUCCUAUUCCGUUCCCUAACAGAUUGAAAGAAAGCAAACAGGAUAAGCAAUUUUCUGAAAUUUUUGAUAUGCUUUCUAAAGUUAACAUUAAUUUGCCCUUGUUGGAUGUGAUCAGGAACAUGCCAGCUUAUGCUAAGUUCUUUAAGGAACUGAAUUCCAACAAGAGGAGAUAUGGGAACAAUGAAAAAGUUAUGGUGUCUGAAACAGCAAGUGCAGUUCUCCAACAACAGUUACCUCCUAAGAUGAAAGACCCUGGGAGCUUUACUGUUGAUAUUACAAUGGGGGACAAAAAGGUUGCUAAAGCCAUGUUGGAUUUGGGAGCAAGCAUCAAUUUGAUGCCAUAUUCAACAUAUGCACAACUUGGCUUAGAAGAAUUGAAGUCAACCACCAUGUCUCUACAACUAGCUGAUAGGUCAAUUAAAUAUCCAAGAGGCAUAGUGGAGGACUUGCUGAUUUAG